CAGAAAGAUUCUCCUUAGAAGAGCUUGUGCCCCUAUCACCCGCCAUCAGAAGCAAAAUAACAUAAACACGACUACUUUCACCGGACUGCUCUCACCUUAAACUCGCAAUUUCUGAGCUCACCAGUACCACAGAUACGUGAUGUUAGCCGUCCAAACCGACAUUUCCAAGUUUUCUCCUCUCAAUGACCGACAUUAGGCAUCUCAUCACCAAAGUCCAAGGUGGUUUCUUUCAUCAAACAUGGACAAGGAAAUUUAAAAUUUGUACAGCCAGUGCAGAAGCAUAGUCCCAUCCAUUUCCAUUCCCUCUGGAUUACGCCUAUAUAAGUGGAUACUAGGUUUACACCAAGCUCACUCACAACUUGACGCUUUACUACAGUUUUACAAACAGCCUAUUCCAAAUUUUCGCUACUCGUUCAACUUUCUAUUAUAUCUGCUCGCAUAAACCAAAUGGCGGAGCAAUAUCCACAAGCUCAUGCAAACAACACUUCCGCUGUGCCUCCUGCAGAGGCUAAAGAUCGCGGAUGUUUUGAUUUUAUGAGAAAGGAGGACAAAGCUCAAGAAGAUCUUGUUAUGACAGAUAUGAACGCAGCAAACCAGAGCACAGACAAGGAAAAACAUACUCUGAUGGACCAACUUCAAUGCACUCAUACCCACUCAAGUUCCUCUAGUGAGGAAGAAGUAGAAGAGGGAGGAGAAAGGAAGAAGAAGAAGAAGAAGGGUCUGAAAGAGACAAUCAAGGAGAAACUAUCCGGGGACAAAGAGGGAGAAGAAAACGAGCACAAAGACACGUGCGUUCCUAUGGAGAAAUGCAAUGAAGAAAAUGCUGAAGCUGCUUCCCCAGGAGAAAAGAAAGGGUUUCUGGAGAAGAUCAAGGAGAAACUCCCUGGCCAGCACAAGAAAGAUGGAGAGAAUGUUCAAACUCUACCUGCAUCUGACCAUCCCGCGGACGGCAACACCAAGGAGAAGAAAGGAAUAAUGGACAAGAUCAAGGAGAAGUUGCCUGGACACCACAAAAAUGACGAAAAUGAGUUGAAGAAGGACUGAGCUGAUAUUUGCUUACCAAUUCUCUUACAUGAUAAGUUUUAGUCUUGUCAUUAGGCCAUGGAUGUUGUCUCUUUAGAAUUCUGGAAUUUUCGUACUAGUUUUUGCCUCCUCUCGUCUUGUAAGUGGUUUUUUAUGUUGUUAUGCAAUGUGUCCACUUGAAAUUUGCAUCA